CAACCAUUUUUUUCUUUCUAAACAACCCGGCGAACGAAAAAGAUGAAUUCUGAUCUGAAGAGAAAGCAGAAGAAGAUAAAUCCUAAACCCGUUCAAUUAAACCCUAAUUGGUCACUCCUCCAACAAAAGCUGAAAUCUGAUUUCCAUAGCACGGGCAAUCGAAAAUCUUCAAAUAAUGGCAACCCCGAAAAUCCCAGCUCCGUAUUAGGGAAGCGGAAGGAGAGACCUGACUCGGAGGUGGACGUUCCUAAGAUUAAUCCCUUAACUCCGGUCAAUGAUGAUUUCAGUUUGACAGAUGAAGUGGCUAUGGAUUGCGAAAUGGUUGGUGUCAGUCAAGGAACCAAAAGCGCCCUUGGACGAGUUACCUUGGUUAAUAAAUGGGGGAAUGUUCUGUACGAUGAGUUUGUCCGUCCAAUAGAACGCGUUGUUGACUUCCGAACGCAUAUUAGCGGAAUUCGACCUCGAGACUUAAGAAAGGCCAAAGAUUUUUGCGUUGCUCAGACCAAAGUAGCGGAGAUGAUCAAGGGAAAGAUUCUCGUGGGACACGCCUUGCACAAUGAUCUCAAGGUCUUGCUGCUAUCUCACCCGAAAAAGGACUUAAGGGACACAGCAGAGUAUCAGCCCUUUCUCAAGGACAAAACCAGGAAGUCUCUAAAACAUCUUGCAGCUGAGUUUCUUGGAGCUGACAUUCAAAACGGAGAGCACUGCCCUGUUGAUGAUGCACGAGCUGCGAUGCUGCUUUACCAGAAGAACAAAAGAGAGUGGGAGAGAAAUGUGAAAGACCAGAUACGGAUGAGGCUGAAACAAAAGAAGCGUAAGCCUAAGAAGAAGGUAAAGGAAGGGAAGGCUUCCACCAAUCACACCCCAAUUGUUUGAAUCAAUCGAGAGCAAAAGCUGAGUAAACAGAAACCAAGUAUCGCUGAAAAGUUUUGGUCUUCUUUUCUUUUUCAUCUAUUCUUGUUGUGGGCGUUUGAUUCUUCUUACUUCUUAGCAUAAAGUUCCUCAAAUGUACCAUCUUGUUGUAUACAAGUUCAUCACAUGUAUUAUCAAAUUUACUCUUCUCAAAAGG